UGCCUAUGGAAUAAAUGUCUGGAAAUAAUUGAACAUUUUCAUAAAAGUAUUCAAAAUUCCCCUCAGUUUUCAAAAUUAUUUUCGGCUUUUUUCGAAGGAUUUCAUUCAAUUUAAAGGGAACUGGCGGCAAAAUGGGAAAAGACAUCUAAAAGAGGAAUUUUAUUUUUGAGUGAAAACUAAAUUGGAUAUCAUGGCCAAGAAGGGAUCAAAAACAGCGGUUAGCUCUCCUGCAAAAUUCGAAUUACCACAAACACCAGUUGUCGAGGAGCCGAUUGUUAAAAGACGUUUAUCGGAAACGCGAUUUCUUCCUCCCAAGGCCCAACACUCGUAUUUCUUUCAUCGCAAUACUCUCAGAGAGAGGAAAUGCAAUAGCAUUGUGGCCAUACGGAAUGGAGAGCUGAUACUGCAAUGAGAGGGAGAAAGGAAUUGACGAUAGUCUUCUGCUCGAUGUGGUCAACAAAACAGAAAAAUGGUCUUCAUCUCGAAAUUUUUGUUGUUUUUAUUUUCAGGUGACAAAAAAGCCAAAAAGGAUAAAGGGAAAAAGGAUCAAAAAGCCAAGACCAAUAAACCACCACAAGUGGAAGAGAUUGUACCAGAGAUACCACCAGAACCCCAACCGGAUCAAAGAGAGGAACAAUGUGUGCGAUACAACUAUUCCAGUUCCUAUCCUUUGUGUCAACCACGACGUUGUCCCCGAAGCCUGAAUUCCCGAGGUUAUGUGGAUCCGGAAACUAGUUUUACUUGUCUGUGUCCCGUGCGCCGCCUGCCAUCAGAGGAACGUCCUACAAGGCUAUAUGCCUGUGAUGGCACAGUGCUGAUUUUCCCCAAAAAACGAUAGCACAAAAAAGAUUAAAAACUGAAAAUGAAACAAAAUUGUUUUGAACUGAAAAACGAAAAUAAAUAUUUGAAAAAAGUU